AUGGGAAUGAAUAAACCGGAGUUGGCAAAACUAGGAGGUGAUGAUGAUGAUGAUGAUGAUGAUGAUGAUGAUGAUGAUGAUGAUGAUGAUGAUGAUGAUGAUGAUGAUGAUGAUGAUGAUGAUGAUGAUGAUGAUGAUGAUGAUGAUGAUGAUGAUGAUGAUGAUGAUGCUCAAAAGGUAAGCAAUUACCCAUAGUUACUAGUAGCUAGCUAGCUAAGCCAUUUUUAAUAUUCUGCACUCUGAGGCGGGAAGAAUUCUUCAGCGUUCCGAACUUUCGGCUAAGGGACUCCAUUGGUGUGCAAGUACGCGGCUUUCAAAAGAACAGCUGUAACCAAUGAACUCCAACUUUCUGAAACUUCCAACGAUGUUGGUAAUUACUUUUUAUUCCGAAAGAUCUCUUUCUUCACCUCACAUUGGCCCUUUACCCGCCCUCCCGUCUUCCUCCUUUCAAGCCACCCCGAGAUCGGUUGCUCCACCCAGAUGUUCUAAUUCGACAGAGGCGGGAUAUACAGUUGUCGCCAUUACCACUUGUGUGGUGGCUGCUGCUGCCUGGUAGCGGCUUGAGCUGUCAGGCGCCCGUAGAUCACUCUGUUAUUUCCUUUCGAUACAGACGCGGACGUACCCAGGCCAAUGCCGCAGACGCUUUGAUCUCACUCUCUACUCAGAGACCACCGACGGUCUCAAAGGACCUAGUUCCUGGACGACGCGCUGCUUUCUGUAUUUAGGUGCGUCCGACUUGUGCUCGUUACCAGGACCCUCAGGGAGGAGCUGAAUUUUCGCUCCUGAGCACUCCUCUGCACAACUUUUGCCCGCGCGUAUACAGUGGUUUAUCGCCUUUUGCGCCGCUGCCAUUACGGCCACUGAUGCAUCCGCUGUUGCGGCCGAUGUCGCAUGCUGGCACCUGGCAGCAGUUUAUCUUGUACAACGACAACCUCAGUAACGCGCAGGGCCUGUACCCGUACACGCCAGUCCUCGAAGUCAGCAGGUGUAUGUGCAUUUGCGACGAACUCAGCUAGUGUGCGAUCUACCGACUACUGCUAGGUAGCGUCCAGUCAACUUUGCACGGACUUCUCGUUUGCGUCCUGGCAAACUUUGGCAGUUUUGCUUUUCUUCAAGUAGGCUGAGUGCUGAGAGUUGGUCAAGGACUCUAAGACGUUCGCUAGCAAACUUACCCUUUGGACACGUUCGUAACCAAAUGUCGCGCAAUAAUCACUGGUAGACAUUUUGCGAUGCCAAGACGGGUAAUCUCCUUAGAUCAAACGAGUGCGUGAUAUGCAUGAGCCGGAGGUUUGCAGCGCAUCAGAAACGACCUAAGCUGGAUUCGGUGUAGAUGUUCUAGAGCGACAAGAGAGGAAAGAUAGGAAAUGAUGCCGCAGACAUCACGAAGCAUUAUGUCGAUGCCUGCCAUACAACUGCAUUACUUGUACGUCUUUCAGUAGUACUUGUUUGAAUCGCUGCUUUAUUCUUCGCGAACUUUUUCUGUAGAUGCAGCUGAAGAAGAGGCCCACACUUUAACCAGAUCGAUUGGGAAUCCCACCUUCUAGGCGGAGAAUGUGCCUCCAUCAUAGUUUAGUCCGACUUGGAAAUAAAUCAGCAUAAAUACCUAGGCUUUGCAUAACUAUUGUUUGCUAUGUGCCGCAAGAGGAAAAACUCAGAGUGCGCAAUUGCUGGAAUAUCGGUUAAGUGUUUAUGCAUAGUCUUAGUCAGCGUUAAGUUUUAAAAAUUAUCAUUUUUAUAGCAGUGGCUGACGUACCUCAUUAAAUGCCGACCGAAAUUUUGAUAUACGUUUCCUAUUAGAAAGUAUAACAUAAGGGGCUGUAAUAUUUAUUAUCGUACCGCAUAAACUUAACAUAUUUCAGUCAUGUCAGAAUGUCGCUCUUUGCAUGCGUUUCUUUUGGUCGGCUACAAAAAUUAUUAUGAGCAAAAGUUGUUGCUUAACUAGUACACACUUUUUCAUUUAUCUUCCGUGUCCAUAUAACCCCAAACAUAUUUUAUAGAAAACGCAACAAAAAUAGUAUUGUUUGCACUCAUUUGACGGGAACUUACGUCUUCUUUAAACUUUUUACUCUAAGAGAAGUCAUAUCUGUUUUUAAAGGGGUUUUUAUUUAUCUAAUAAUUUUAAACCCAAAGUGCCCGUGCACUUGUAAUUAAGAGCGUUCCAUUGAGGUUCAACGCAGUUUGGGAUCUCCCUUUUGGAUAAAAAGACAAAAACCUCACUAAAUAAUUCUUGCGUCCCUCUUUGAUCUGACUUGCAAUGUCAAAAAAGGGAAGUUACCAACAACUGCUAUUGUAAAGAAGCUCUGAUUGGUGAAAAAGCGGCGAAGAAUCCACCAACUAAAUCCUUAUUUAGAUACUUCGAAUGUUCACUCGGUACGAAGCACCUAGCCUACGGUGGAUAGUAAGCCAUUUGUUGUCACUAAUGCGAAAGUUUUCCUAUUCAGCUCUCAGUUUUAAAAUUUUGAGAACGUCUUUCAUUACUGGACAAGGUAUUAUGGUCGGUUAUAGACAUUGGCACCCCUAUCCCGCUGAGCUGUCACAGUCCGUGAUACUGAAACCCGUAUGUGCACCUGAUUUCAGAAACAAAUCUGUUUGACUACUUUGAAGUAACUUGGUAGCUCAUCGAAAUCCCUCUCUUCAACCUGUCAUUAACAAGUUGUCACGACUUUGCAGAUCCUCAAUAAACAGAGCUUUCGUAAGUCAAAGGUUUACGCAAGGAGAAAAACUAGGAGCGACCUUUUCCCGAAAAAGAAACAGGACUUCUGAGGUUUCCUUGUAAAAUGAGUUUAUUUAGGCUUACCAGCCACAUAUAAAAGGGAGACCAGUUUGUUUGCCUCUUAUACCCAAGUUCAAUCGAAACAGACCCGAGGCGCGAGUAUGAGUUCAUUUGAUCAAUGAUCUAACGCCCUAGCACUGACUCUUACAGUCUUGUCCGUUUCCAUCGCAAAUAUUCAGUCCUAAGGGAGCGACCUUCAGUAACCUGUUCUCUUUAGAGUAUGGUGAACAGGCGUCCAGUUUUGCCUUGGAACUCCGAUCUGUUAUCAGUGAUUAAUCGAAAAGUUCAGCCGGAAAAAGGAGAGAUUGGAGUGACAAGUGAGUCUUUCUGGUUACAUUUUGAAUCUAUCCAGGAAAUUUGGUGCUUGGUUUAGGAUCUGAUCAUAUACUUCCUAGCUAAUCUUCUAGGUAUUCUGAGAACCCACAGCUUGAAAAGCCAGACUGUUCUAGUUUCCUCAUUUUAAAACUUCUAUGGUCUGCUGCUUACCUCGAGUUUUUUUUGUAAGACGUCCGUCGUUCCGGUGUCCCGCUGCGCAAUGAUAGCCACCACAUGCAACGAACAGUGGGAUAUGUUGUCAAUAGAAGCAGAGAGACGAGUCCCAGGAAGUAGUCGUGAAGAAGGAGACACGAUCGCUGAGACAAGCGCUUUAUUUGCCUGACGUUUCGGAUUCCUGCUCGAACCUAUCAUCAGAGACAAAAGCAGAUACGACCUUCCCCUUCCAUACUCGGUGUUGAGACUUCUCCUAGGCGGAGCACUUAGCCACGCGGGGAACGCACAGAUGAACGCAGUUCCCAACGCCAGGGUCGGUGGGUCAGAUGGUCGAGCAAUCAUCACUCCAACAUCCAACACCCGUGAUGAAAUUGCAGCAAUUAACGACGCGAGUGUCGGCUAUCAAGCGGUCAUUACACCAAGUGCAACGAUCCCUGAUGAAGGGGGAGCCGUGAACGGUGACAUGACGACUACAUCCUAUAAAUACUGCAGCCCCUUGUGCAUGAACCACCCGUAUCUCCUUUUGUCUCUGAUGAUGGGUUCGAGCAGGAAUCCGAAACGUCGGACGAAUAAAGCUCUUGUCCCAGCGAUCGUGUCUCCUUCUUCGCAGUGGAAUAUGUGCUUAUCUUCCUAAUCAAAUCUGCAUUCAGGCAAAUAUCUUCUCAAUCCACUUGACCUGGACUUGAAGGUCAUGAUCUCUUGUCCCCUUUCUGCUCUCCUGUAAGCGACUAUCUGGUAGACGUCCUUAUUGAGCGACAUUGUCAUGUAUUGCCUGAAGUAAUCGCAAUGAGGGCCAGUGCCUUCUUUAAAUUAUAGUGACGAAGAUUUUAGAGGUCUCGGCUUUACUCUCCCCUCACACACUAAUCGUAUCUCAACAAUACGGCAUGUUAGGGCGACUGGAAAUCGUUAUGCACACGGUGGUCAACGAAACACUCAUCCCAUCUAUGUAUAUUUGCCGGUCCAUCCAACGCCAUGAACGUUGCUUCACACAACCGCCUUUCACAGCCGUGGCCUUAGGGCACAGGAGAUGACUGUAGCUGACCUAUCACUGUCUGCGUCCAAGCAUACUCGCAGUCCUUCGGACUUAGGAUUUCUAAUGGAUAUGAUGGUUCCAAAAAGAUUCGUGGAAUCUAAGUUUGCGCGAUUCUUCCUCACUAACACUGCCUACACACAAGUCACCGUCGCUCUUUCCAGGUGGUGCUGGUUUUCGUUGUGUCUUAGGAAUAAAUCAUCCGAGAAUGAUCAUCGCGCGUAGUUAUAAUGUUGCCAUUAGACUGGGUCCAUUUUUAUUUCUGCCCAGCCCCUUCACGUCAAAUGUGCAAAGCGUCAUGCAACAUCAUUCGGUAUUAAUGUCCAUAAUAAGUGUGUAUUAGCUUCCUUCACUAAUCCCACCCAAAUGCUAUUUUAUGCAAUACUCGGGGAAAGUGGGUUGAUUCUAAGAGUUUAAAGCAGACGGAAACACCUGCCCACUGCUAUAAUAAAAGCAUGGCCCCGAUCUUAAAAUGGUAAAAUUAAAAAAUUGUAACCAGCACCGGACGCAUAAAACCUUUUCGACGUGAAAAUACUAGAAUGUGCCUAAUAUCGGUGCUGUGACCGAAGCAAUUUCCCCUAUCUGUCUCAUGUUCUUAAAAAUACUCUUGCUAAUUGUUAUUAUGAUUGAUACAUCUCGACUAGGAUAGCUGCUUCUGUUUCUGCAGGCAGCACAGCAGGCCCGUCAGCCGAUCGCUCAAUCAUGAAGUCACCGUUUGAAGGCAAGCCUAUGACUCUUGGAUGUCCCUACUAGAUUGUCUAGAGGAAAUAUUUGGAUUAUAAUGCAGUUUUCGGUGUUGUAAUUAAGCUUGUGUCCCUAGACUAUAUGUCUCCCGCCAAGUCGCUUCCAGCCGGAUUAUAUUCCCAAUCAGUUCAGUUGAUUCUUCCAAUUUUCUCUCACUUUCAGAGCCAUCAUUUUGGGCAAUUGCUUAUUGAUCCUAUAUACUUUUUAUCAAAUGAUUAGACCUUCGAAAGUUCGGCUAUGUUUUGGGCUUCUGUUAACCCCUGGUUUGCUUGAUUCAAAAUACCUGUCAAAAGUGGACUAAUGAAGCGUCUCACCGUGGCGUUUAGUUAUACCAUUUUGUUCAAAACGUCGUCUUCUUUUGUCUUACUAAUGACACUCUGCUGCAUCAUAUAUCGGGCAGACAGUGGGCAUUAACCGAAGCUAGAGCAGUUUACCAAGUUAGUUGAAGGAAGGGGUGGGACGUUUUUCAGAGCGCCAGUUCCUCUAUCGCAGUUAUGCACGUGACAGGGAGAGACGUUUACCCAUCAAUCUGGGCUUCCGCCUAAUCCGCACGCCAGGUCACGGGACACAUUACUCGUAUCAGUCGCAUGCACGCGCACCUGUUCUAGGAUCGCCGCAGCCGUUGCUGUUGCUGCUGCUGCUGCUGCCGCCGCUGCUGCUGCUGCUGAUGACGAUGUUAUGUGCAGGCACGAAUACCGGACUUCCGUUCUUCAUACUGUAGACCUCUCCGCCUCCACUCAUAUAUCCGCCAUUGCUAACUGACUGCCGUUACGACGGUGGUUACGGGGUGGAGACAACGGUCGAAGGGACUGCCCUCGGAGAGAGGAUUACAGACGUCAGUUAACGCCCUAGUGUCAACGGACGUUGGCUCCAGCAGUGGGGGCAGCCGAUUCAACGACCAGUCCCCCCUGCGCGGGUGGUAACUAACGCCACCAGACCCAGAUUUCGCGAGCCAACACGCACGUGCGCACUGCAGUGUUCCACCUCCACCGCGCUAGCCCGGAUUUGUCUCCGAGACCAGGGGGACUGCACGACAGGUGGUGGACAGGCAUACCAGUAACUAAAUCCUCGGCUAUCAUCGUACCUAUGGACCUUAUUAAAAUUACUAGGCCGACAUUUAGUUCAGUAGACGGAUCCGGCCUCUUUGACUACCUUCCGAACACGGACGGUGGGCCAAGGAUCCUGAGUCAGGAGGCAGGGAGAGACAUUUGUGAGGCAUUCCAGUAAAGCUUACGAACUACUAGUAGCUGACUUCGAAAGCCCUGGCUUCGGAUUUCCUAUUCAGAAAGCAUGCACAGCAAGGAUUGCGACCAAAAGUGAACGUGCAAUCCCCAAGGUCUAUUGCAAAAUUCUCCAUGUUGCUAAAUUUAACCCUGCAUCUGGCACAGUGUUCCACGACAAACAGGUGUUUGGCAAGUGAUUACGGGUGUGUCGCCACAUAGACCCAGAAGUCCACUAAUUUUUAAAAAUUACUUUCAUGAAAGCAGGACAAAGAUAGUGAUGCCUAUGCCCCAAUGGCUGAAUGGUUCGCACGUUGCUGCCGCCACCUUGGCCGGUCACUGCCCUGAGGCGAUGGAACCGUUUGUCAAGAGCGGUGAACUAAAAUCCAUAUAACCGGCAACGGUAACGAUAGGGUGUAGGGCACCCAAGUAGGUUGUAACUCCAGAAAUAUAUCCUAAAAUUCAGUGUGACUGUUAACAUAACUUAUUAUUCACCGUUCCUAUUGUUUGAAAUUUCCUUCUCUUCCUGGCUAAAAGUAAACCUACCAGGGCGCUUUAUUCAAAGUCCGUUAUUUUUUGAAAAUUGACUUUCAUUUUUUUUUAUUACCGCGCUCACUUUCUUUUCCAAAUGACAGCUAACGAUAAGACGUUCGGCAGAAGUUUACCCAUUUUUUGUGUCUUCUUGCCCUCCGUCGUGUGUGUUGCCCCACCUGUAAAACCCCCUCUACAGGCUAGCUCAAGUUAAUUGGGGGUCCUACACCGUAUCGCUGCCCCGGCGACGGCAGAACUUUACUCUGUUCAGUUUGUUGCGGGCCAGCAGAGCUUGGCUGACAGUGAACUACUUUAAAGAACUCUGUCCUCACGUGGUUGAUUGGACAGAUCUUAAAUUAACUUAGGUAUUAUUUGAUUUUCGCUUAUCUUGAUUUGGGAUUCCCGAUUUUCUUGAUCUUAUGUCACUUAUACUCACCAUUGUUCAUGGCGAGUCUUUAUGAUCCGCCAAUACAGGAAACACAGCCUCUCCAAGCUACGGGACACCGUCUUCCAUUUUCUACUCCGGUUGGAAAGAGCAUCCGCUUUAUGUUCACUGUUUUUGUUCAACAAACAGAAGUUGAACGGAUGGUAAGUUAAAAGACCCAAAUAUGGACACAUUUGAAAGCGCUUGUCGUUUACAGCACUUUAUGUUCAUAUAUGGCUAAGAUUCCGUAUCUAAUUCAAAUCCGGAAGUCGCAUUUGGUUGGUAUGGAGAGUUGUAUGGAAAAGAAACGAGGGUAAUAAAUAGCCAGGGGGUGGUAACCGGGUGCCGUUGGAGUUGGUGGACCAGCACUUUGCUCUAACUUCAAGAAAAUUCUUCGUUCUACGGAGCUCCGUAAUAGAAAUCUGGGUGGAAAAUUCCCCGACUGCACCCACACUCGUGAUGGUGAUCGGGGCCACCAGCAUCGAGAAGCACUAAGACACAAAUGAGUUAGCUUGGUGUUUAAGCUUGAAGCCUCGAUGCCAUAACGUCGGUCAAAUUAAGUAUACCUUCACAUGAGGAAUAGUACAAGAAUGAAAUGCAACGCCGAUCAAAAGAAAAUAUGCCGCCAGAGUAAUUCACACUACCUUUUGACAGUUCAUCUUUCCAAAGGCUUGUACAUGCUGAACUUGGAAAAUAUUAACUACUAAAACACUGUGUGUUUCUCAAUCGAGCUUGCGCCCUGUGCCUCAGUGACAGAUCGUUUGGCUGUAUUCUCAAGAAAAAAAGAAUGCAGGUUGUAGCCCCGCGUCUUCCUAAACAGCAGCUGAGAUACGACUAGUUGUCAUCUGCGAGAGAUCUUUCUGUCUCAUGAUGAUGUGGCAUCCCGUUUUCAUGGACUGCAUUCAGAAGUAUUAACAAGGUGGUGUCCGGUUAAGAACACUCCAACCGAGACGAGUGAACAGUCAUUAUUUAUAGAAUACAAAAUUUUCCCGUCUACUUUUGAAGUUUGGCUUAUUAUUACUGUUUUCAUUAGAUGAAAAUAAAAAGCCAGAUAUCGGUUUUUCCUAACCUUCGAAGUGGUUUGACAUUUAAAGGACUUCCAGUGGAAAACUCUUCUGAUUUCUUGCUUUGAUGUGUUUUGUCGGGCGGUUGCUUACCAGUCUUGUCAAAUUAAUCUCAACAUUUCCUAUAUUUUUCAAGCAUUUAAGUGUCCCAUGUCCACAGAAAAAUAAAUGACACAAUUCCCUCAGGUGAUAAAUCUUGCGAGUACUUCGAGAAUUUUGUAAAUAGUUAAAGACCAAAUCCCGCUUCGAAGUCUUAGGUAGCUCACUAGUCUUUUGGUAGGAAUAAAACGCAUAUUUUCAGAUGCUGACUUGAGAGCAAACGUGAUUCAGGAAGAAGGAACUCUUUUCCAAGUUGGCUCGAUAAAACUGCAGAAUUUGCAGUUCAUUUAUAUUCAGUAACGCAUCUGCAACUUAUCUAUUUUUUCGGACUGACCCACUCCGUUCGUUCGUAAACUAAUAGUUUAUCUGCAGAUCAGAGUUUCUGAUUCAGUUUUUUAGUAUUUCCAAUACAAAACAAGUAACAUUUUGUAAGUGGCGAACAUCAACUAGAUGUAUGUAACUUCCAAAGAACCAAUCGUUUUUCGUUUGAGAUAGAAAUGGAUGGCCGGGAAAGUUCACGGUGUUGCACGAUUUAUGGACUAACAUAUCAACUAUCCGACUUCUCAUUACCUUUAACUCUUCCAAACAGCUUUGUUAUCCGAUGAAGAAGAAGAAGAGGAAGAAGAAGAAGAAGAAGAAGAAGAAGAAGAAGAUGAUGAUGAUGAUGAUGAUGAUGAUGAUGAUGAUGAUGAUGAUGAUGAUGAUGAUGAUGAUGAUGAUGAUGAUGAUGAUGAUGAUGAUGAUGAUGAUGAUGAUGAUGAUGAUGAUGAUGAGAUCAUCAUGACGACUCUGAUCUUAGUUUGA